GUAAAUAUUUUGUUAGCUUGCGAAAAAUUGCCGGCUUUUUGUUGAUUUUAUAAUUUACAUUGCGAAAGGGUCUAAGACAUAGGCCAGCGUGAUGGAGGAGCAGGCCUGUCCACGAUGCAAGACCACAAAGUAUCGCAAUCCUUCGUUAAAGUUGAUGGUCAACGUUUGCGGACAUACGCUUUGCGAAUCAUGUGUGGACAUGUUGUUUUUAAAGGGCUCCGGAGCCUGUCCGGAGUGUAUGGUGCCGCUCCGACGAAACAACUUUCGAGUCCAGCUCUUUGAAGAUCCGAUGGUGGAAAAGGAAGUGGAUAUAAGGCGUCGCAUACUGCGCGACUAUAACAAACGUGAGGAGGACUUUGCCACGCUGGAGGAGUUCAACGAUUACUUGGAGGAGAUUGAAGAUAUUGUAUACAAUCUGUGCAACAACAUUGAAAUUAUAGAGACCAACAAGCGCAUUGAGGCCUAUAAGCGCGAUAAUCGUGAGGUAAUACAACGUAAUAAGACGCGUGUGGGUCGCGAUGAGUACGCCUUGGAAGAGCUGCUUGAACUAGAGAAAGCACAAGAAGAAGCGCGCAAGAAGGAACUCGACGAGCUAGAGACGGAACACAAAAAGAAGAAGGCACGCGAUAAGCAGGCGCUCAUUGAGGAGCUCAUGUACAGCGGCAAAGAUGCUGCUCAGAUUGUUACAGAGUUUGCCGAGAAAGCCGAAAAGCAACGGGAGGAAGAGAAACAAUUGCCGCCACCGAAAAACAUGAAUGAAUUCUCCACAGGCAUCAAAUUUGGUCAAACCACAGAUCCAACCCUACUGCCAGCGCCACUGUCAGAAGAGGGUCCGCUCUUUGUUUACGAACCACUCAUACCUUACAUUGAUGGUCCCACACCACCGGAAGCCAGCGACAUUAAAAGCAUGGGCUACAUCACACACAUGCGCCAGGAGACGCCGCAAGAGAAUGCGGGCGGUUUUACAGCCGCCCUAGCCUGUCAGCGUGCUCUGCAGGAGGCACUGCAAUGUCUUUAUUAUACGCCAAAUACUGGCUUGGGUGCAGCACUAUAAAUGGACUAAGGAUUGUAGUUUUAAACUAACAGAAGAGCACAACACGCUUAUUAACUUUUGUUGAACAAAAUCUCUUCUACACAAACGCACUAAUAUUCAUUUAAUGUUACUAUUUAUAUUAAGUCAAAAACAUUAAUAAAAGCAGAUAAUACAGUGAACACUGCCAAGCGCAA